AUGAAGUUCGUGACAGAUUGCUCGGAUAUGGUUGGGAAUGAUUAUAAUGGUAUGGUAGGUGGACCGACAGCUCAAAUAUCAAGCUUGCCUAAGAGUUUUAGCAAUAAUUCUAUGAGAGAAAGUAGUAUAGGAUAUUCAGCUUCAGGGAGGAGAAGUGGACCUCUAGCAUCAGCUUCAGGGAGGAGAAGUGGACCUCUAGAAUCAGCUUCAGGGAGAAGAAGUGGACCUUUACAAUCAGCUUCAGGGAGGAGAAGUGGUGUGCUUUCAGAAUCAGCUUCAGGAAGGAGAAGUCAUGAGAUGCAGCCAACAAUUCAUUAUAGGGAAGUAGAAGUGAGAAGGAACAUUAGUUCUAUGGGAUACUCUAAUGGAAUGGGACUGAGGAGUUAUAGUGUUGGGAUAGGAAAGAUUGGCAAAAUUGAUGAGGAGAAACCUUGUUCAUUUAGAGAGGAUGGUGAUGAAGAUAACAAGGUAGAUGUGUGUCCUAGAAGUAGAAGUCAAGCUGUUUCAAGGAAGGCUGUGUAUAAUUACUAG